UAAAUCUAAAAAUGUUUUAUAUCUGACAUCCCUGUCUGCGGCAGGUAAAGAAAAAGUUUAAGGCUUUAAGACUUUUUAUAACACCCCAUGGUCAAGGUCUUUUUUUGUUGAGAAAAUUCAAGCCUUUUGAAGACCUGCAGAUACAAAAAGCUAUAACAAACUAUGCAUAUCCUCUUAAUACACGUCCUUCCUCUAAGCUCUCCAUUGAAAGAAAUUACAUCUCAGCUCACAAAGCCAGCUCCUCAUGAAAGAAACAAAAAUAAUUUCUGUUAGCCCCCCUCUAUACUUGCAACUACAGCAACAAGCUUAUCUGUGCAGGGAAGGUCACAGCAAAAGAAACACACUGAAAAGCAUGGCAGACAGAGGGAGCUGAGAUUGCCUGGCAAACUGAAAGCGGUUUAAAAACUCUGCCAAUCACGACAGUCGCUCGCCCUGCUUUUUUCUUUUUCUGUUUUUUUUAAAAGAGGGUGCACGGUCGGACGUGACGGGGAUUAACCAACCAGAUCAUUGUGAAGUGGGACAUGUGAGGCUGUUUGAGGAGCCAGGAGUUGUAUGAAUGCACUUCCUCUCUGAUGAAGACAUACAGCUGUAAGCAAAGCAAAGGCAAACACUCGGCUCCUUCUGAACUGCUGCUGACACCCACAUCGGCUCCUCCUCUGGCUCCACCCCACCACCACCACCACCCCCCUCUUUCCCUCUCUGCUUCAUCCUACUCUUCCACCUCUUCCACCUCCUCACCUCUGCCUCCUCCUCUUACAUGUUGCUCAGUGCUCCGAUACAGAAUGAGGCUUCCGGCCAUGUGGGAAUUUCUCCUAAUAGUGGCUCACGGUUGAAUCCGCGUGUUGGUGAGGAUGUUAGCGCAGCGUGCAUCCGAGCAGCCUUUUCAUCCGCAGCAAGAGCCCGGUAGGAGACAAAAAGUCAUUCAGCCUGUGCAGCCUUGAGGAUCAAAGCUGCUUUACUUCGCUUUCCCUGCCAGUGGAGUUGCUCAAACUUUGCAGACAAAGUGAGAAACUGCAACUUUUGCUGCCUUCUUUGAUUUGUCAGAAGACACUGAGCUCACGUCGCUGCCGUCCGUGAAAAAGGAAAAGCUCUGACGAGAUCAUCACUUGAUUAUCACUGAGGAGGACGAGGAGCCGUUUCCAGUAAUUCACCCUUCUGUGAAAAAGGUCUGAACAGCUCCAUCGAGGCACCUAAGCUGCUCUGUCACAUGGACACUGACACUGAACAGCUGUUGCCUUUACCAUCUUGUCUCAGAAAGAAGACUGGACUGGACUGGAGCCACAGCUCACAGCCACACGACGAUGCUGAAAAACUUGUUUGCAACAAAGUGCCGCGUACUUAGCAACUGGUGAGGAUGAGACACGGUGUGAUGACCUACCUGUAUUUGACAAGUGUGUUUUUCACCUCGUUGGAGAGAGGAGCGCAGAGGGAAAAAGUCAGCGAGAGGGAGCAGGGGAGGGGAAGACAGAGCGGAGAGAGGGAAGGUGUGAAGCUGUGAGAGAGAGCGAGAGGGAAGACGCACAAAGCUGAGAAAGACACAGGGAGAAGAAACUGACAGAAGUCUGCCAGACUGAAGAAGGAGUAAAGGAAAAACAACGAAUCAAAGACCUGGCCAAUCGCCCAUUUAGUGCUGGAGGAUCGUGUUUUAUCAGAGCCAUACAGGGAAAACAGCUCAUUCUACAUGGAGCCACAGAGGGGCACUUCAAACUAACCUGACACCAACAGCACAGACAGCACCAUGAAUAACACCACUUUUGGCAACACAUCACAUGUCCACGCUGCCCCUCACAGCCUUUGGGAGGUUAUAACCAUCGCCACAGUGUCGGCCAUUGUCAGCUUGAUAACUGUGGUUGGUAACGUGCUGGUGAUGCUGUCUUUCAAAGUGAACAGCCAGCUGAAGACUGUAAACAACUACUACCUGCUGAGUUUAGCAUUCGCCGACCUCAUCAUAGGAGUGCUGUCCAUGAACUUGUACACCACUUAUAUACUGAUGGGUUACUGGUCCUUGGGGAACCUAGCAUGUGAUCUCUGGCUUGCAGUGGAUUACGUAGCCAGUAAUGCCUCUGUUAUGAACUUACUCGUCAUCAGCUUUGACAGGUACUUCUCCAUCACGAGGCCGCUGACCUACAGGGCAAAGAGGACUCCAAGGAGAGCUGCCAUCAUGAUAGGCCUAGCAUGGCUGGUGUCUUUUGUCCUGUGGGCACCACCCAUUCUGUGCUGGCAGUACUUCGUAGGAAAGAGAGAAGUGCCUCUGGAUCAGUGCCAGAUCCAGUUUUUAACUGAGCCUGUGAUCACAUUUGGAACAGCCAUCGCUGCUUUCUACAUCCCAGUCUCUGUUAUGACCAUCCUGUACUGCAGGAUCUACAAGGAGACGCAGAAACGGACCAAAGAUCUGGCAGAGCUGCAAGGGCUCGCAACAGAAAAUGUUCCAGAGGGGACUACACCACAGAAAACUAUAAUUCACUCCUGCUUUCAUUUCACCAGAGAGAGGAGAGACCGGAGUCAGGCCUCCUGGUCCUCAUCUAACCAAAGUAACGUCACAAAGACGACCACCAGGUCAGACGAGGUGUGGGUGAAAACAGACCAGAUCACUUCCUUUAACAGCUACACCUCGUCUGAGGAGGAGGAGCAUCACGUUUCAAUAGAAACCCCACAGGGAUCUUUCAAAGAGCAAAGCAGUGGACAAAGUAAUAAGAACGGGCAGGUGACUGACUACACAGAAGACCGGUAUUUUUCCACUCCUCAAAAGAAGAGCAGCAAAAAGUGCAUCUCUUAUAAGUUCAAACCUGGCUCGAAGGGUAAAAACGGCAAUCCUGCACCUGCAGCACCCUGCCCGUCUGAGGCGGAGCAGCCUGCCAAAAACCCAUCCCCCUCCUCCUCCUCCACCACCUCCAAACCCAUGGACCCCGUCCUGAAGAACCAGAUCACCAAGAGGAAGAGGAUGGUGCUGGUGAAGGAGAAGAAGGCGGCGCAGACUCUCAGUGCCAUCCUUCUGGCUUUCAUCCUCACGUGGACGCCGUACAACAUCAUGGUGCUCAUCUCCACCUUCUGCACCGAGUGCAUCCCCACGUCCCUCUGGCACCUGGGCUACUGGCUGUGCUACGUCAACAGCACCAUCAACCCCAUGUGCUACGCCCUCUGCAACAAGACCUUCCAGAAGACCUUCCGCAUGCUGCUGCUCUGCCAGUGGAGGAGGAGGAGGAGAGGGGAGGACAAGCUGUACUGGUGUGGACAAAACCCAAACGUCAACAAUAAAAUGACUUGACGUGGUUCUGAAAUAUCAGAGCAGACUUUUGCCGACAGGUGGAUUUUCUUGAUAUAUAUACUGUAGUCAGUGGUCAUCUUCAGCAUGAAGCGCUGCAUGUGAUUUUAGUGUUAAAGUACAUGUUGGUGGUAAAUGUGCUGAGCCCGAUGCAGCACUUUAAACUGCUGCUCCAGAUUAUUACAGAAUAGAAACCCAGUGAAGGUGGCUACCCAUUCUUACAAAGGUUAAAGGUCAAAGGACAGGUUCAGAUUAUAUCAAGUCUAUUUUUUGAAGGGGAAAUCCAUCGACAAAGUACGUUUACGUUUAUGUGAGUGAAGAGUGAAGUCUGAUAAACUGCCUCAGGUGAUGUCCCAUGAGUCAGUGUUGAUUGGAUCUGAAGACUACAAGUUUAAAAAUAAAAUAAGAGAUAUCUUUGGUUCUGCUGUAUUGAUUUUGAUCCUUUUUUUUCAAUUGCUCAUUCUGAGUCCAACAAUUUAAAAAUAAUUCAACGCCAAAUCCUUAGAGUUCUCUUUCAGUACAAUACUUGCAUGCCUAUACAUUCUCUGCAUUAAAAGAGUUACUGGUUGCUGUGAUCACUCCUCUCCACUCUGACCAUGCAGAGACCCCUUCCCUAACAUGACUCCAGUGUAAGAGAUCAGACCUUCAGUCCUUGUUCUCUGCAACAAUGCAUUUUAAAAAUAAGCCAAAGUUAAUGAGGCGUCUAUUUUUAUGAUUUCUGCAGACAGUAAGUGACACACCAUGAUAUGUACAACAGAACUUAACAUCAAUAUAUCUAAGCAUUAAACACACACAGUAUAUACAAUAACAGAAAUACAGGGGUUAGAGCUUGGCAAGGAAAAACGUCCAUACCCUGCUUCCUAUAUAUUGUAUUUGUCCUUUGUUCUUUCUCGUUUCUAAUUAUGUCUUAAUGCAUAUCCACGAUUCACUUUGUUUACCAUGAGGGUAUAAGCGGCUUGCUUCAUUCAGUCCAUAUAAAAAGAAUCAAUGGAAAUACACCCUUUAAUGUCAAUGUGAGAACAGAUUUCUACAAAGUGAUUUCAGUUUAUUACAGUCAUAAAAUAAGUUUCCAAAGGGGGUAAAUACUUUCAGAAGCUCCGUCUUCUUUGUUGUAACCAUUCUUUUUUACUGCCACUAUUUUACUGCCAGAAGCACAGCUGUAUUGAUGUUUGCUUUUUCCUCACAUUCUCAAGCUGUUUUCUGAGUGAUCUGUAUGUGUGUGUUUAUUUCUGAUAGGUCUCCUAGUUAGCGAAAUGAUCUGUGUCUGUCUUUGUUAACUUGUUAAAAUCUUCAAUAAAAUGUUCAUUAUAAAAAAACAACAAAAAUCCCACACACAGAUGAGAGGUAAUCAGUUACAUCCUUCAAAAACCUCUUCACAUCUGUGCUAGCACUUUCCUAAUAUACACAUUUCUGCUACAUGUUGUUAUAUAAGCUCAGUCAUAUACAUUCAACAACUUGACAUCUUUGUUGUACAUUUCAGGAUGUUUUGUCAUUGAGUAGUUUAAGGAUAGUAACUCAAAGAGGGAAUUUGCCAUCAAAAAGACAUAACUUUGCAACACACUCACUUGUUUUGGCUGUUGAGGCCUAUCCAAAGUCCACAGCCGCCAUGAUGGAAACAUCCAUACAGGCUGGAGUUGUCUGUAUGCUGUCACAAUCUGCAAAUAUGAUUUAAAAGUAGUGCAGUUCAAAUAAACUUUACAAUAAGCCACACACAAGAGGGGCACACACUGUACAUCAACAUCCACCUCUUAGCUGCAGUCGACCAUUUGCCUCCUGAUAAAAUCAAUAAAGGCACCCCUCUUCUUAACACAUUUACAGUAGGAGUCAGAUGUAGAACACCUAACUUGUUCCAAAUAAAGACAGGAAACCACAUCAUUGAGCUCCUUUUUAAAACAAGGAGGGGACGUAGGUGUCCAUUCUCUCAAAAUAACCCUUCUAGCUUUGACCAUACAAAACAUUUAAGCCAGCUGGCUCUCACAGGACAAUUUUUAGGAACCCAAAACAAAAUGCAACUUCAAACUGCAUUUUUGCACAGAGCAAGGACUGUUGAUUUUGUCCCUUAACUCUUACACAGGAGUGAAUGUGGCCAGCAAGAAUCAUCACAGGGAUGAGUAACAACAUACUUUUAAUGCACAUAUUGUAUGAGCAUGUGAGGAAAAUGUCUGAACCUGUCCUUUAAACCUCAUCUAAUUCUCCUUUACUCUAAUGCUCACUUGCACUGUAUAUAAAGAACUUAAUGUAGGCUUACACAUUGAAAAUCAUUUAGAGUAUAAAGAACACAUAUCACUGUUUCUAUUCACACACUGUAAAUGUAAAUUACUUAGUAUAAAUAUAUAUAUAUCAGUGUUUAGUGAAUGUUUUUUCUUCUGUUUUCUGGCUCUUGCUAUCAACAUUUGAUCUUGUGAUCAAGGGCUAACCUGUACAUUUCUGUGCAUCUACUGCAUUAGUUUCACAGUGGUAAUAUGACAUGUGAGGUUGUUUAUGGCUCACACACUCUAUUCCUGUCAAUAUUCAUAUUAUUGUGAAAAAAAGAAAGAAAAAAUGGUAUUUGCAGCCUGACUACCACCACGUCUCUCUGAUGGAUGAGUGAUGCUGUUGUAAAUUACUGCACUUUUAUGUUGUUUAAGAUGUAAUGUCAAAUGUUAUCUCCCUGAACUCUGUGCCUUUUGUUCUGCUCAGAGGCAAAAGUACUUUGUGAAUGAAUCUGUGCUCAUUGUCCGUGCAGUUUUUGUGAAAGUGAGUCUGUGUACUGAUAUGAACAGUGGAAUACAAAUUUCAAAGGCAGAAUUAUACGUUCGUCAACAUCAAAUAUGUUGAAUCUGAUCUGGUUUGGUUUGUACUUUUGAGCAAGUGAUCACCCGCUCCAACGGUUGACUAGUUAAACUAACGUGCCAUGGAUAACACGGAGACAGCAUGAUGAUUGUUGCUAAGUAGAGGACAGAGCUUGAGACUUCCCAGAGGACAUCAGAGGUGUCUUUGGUCCCAAGACUCCAUGUUAGUGCAGCCAUUUUGCAUUACAACAAUCUGAUGCAACUCCAUUAUUAAAGGAUAAAGCCUGGUGACAUCAUGUAUUUUCUUAUUGUCAACAAAUCCCAUGAAAAGACCAAAACCAACAAUGAACUGAUGAUAUUCCUCUGAGCCACAGGCCUGCACCAUUAAAAACUCAUGAAUGAGCUGUGAAUGUUGGUAUUAAGGGGUGUUGCGAUAUAGCAGCAUUAACAGUAACUCAGUACCUGAGCUGGGAAGAAAACAGAUCCAUCUCCAUGACAACUGAGCAAACACACAGCUGGUAAAGAAAAUGUAACGUGGCCGAAAGCUCUGGAAAAGAAAGCUAGCCAGUGGAUAUUGAGUUAUAAUGAUGAUCAGUCAUUCAUUAUUUUAUAUUUUCUAUCUAGAGUUGCAACAUUUCAGGAAUUUUCAUAGUUGGAAACUUUCCAUGGGAGUUAACGGGAAUUAACAGGAAUAAACUGGAAAAUUUGCCAAAUUGCAGUUUAGUUUAAAAAAAAAAAUCUUACAGCAUUAUCUUGGUUAAAACAACCAGAUUUAAUGCAGAUGCUUUCAUUUUACAUUUAGAAUGGGACUUUUUUGUUUUUUGCAUAUGUUUAUUUUAUUCAACACUGUUUUUCUUGUUAUUCAGUUAAAGAAUCGCUUAAAGCCAAAAAUGUCAUUUUAAAAAUGUACCUCAGUUUGCACCCAUGUCUGCUUAUGACUAAGGAAAAUGUUUAUAUAUGAUACAGUUUGUAUAAAUUACCCCAAAUUUCCAGUUAAUUCCCACAAUUUCCCAUUAAUUCCUAUUCCAGUUGAUAUUAAAUAUUUCAAAAAUUUCCCAGUUUAACUCCCCAUGGAGAACUUCUUCAAAAAGGUUCCAGAAAUUUACCAGAAACCUUCCACCUCUCUGCAACCCUAGGUCUGUCAGCAACCAGCAGUGAUUCAGGACAUUUAUCACAGACACAUGUUAUUGUGACUUUAAUAUGGACUUUACUGUCUGCUUUAUUAAAAGUAAAGCCAGUUACACUCUAAGAGAUCUUGAAAGCAACCACACAGCUCUAUCACUCUUUGACCUGCCAGUAAUUAUCAUUUUAAUUUAUACAACUUAGGCACAUACUAUGUACAGUAUAUGAAUUCUGGCCAUGCGGUAUGCCACACAAUAAUUCAAAAAAUGAGAAGGCCAUGUGCUCACUUUCAAACAAAUAAGAUGAAAUAAAAACAAAUGUUGUUAUAUAACCAUUGCAAUUUAUUUAUCUAAGCUUUUAAAUAAGAAUUUAUCAGUCUUAAAAUUCAAUUAAUCUUCAUUCACAGUCGUAUUACUGAAGUCCAAAAAACAAGAAAAUCUCUGAGUAUGUAUAUAUGUUCUCUUUCAGGUAGUGGAAUUAGCAGCAGUGGAAAAAAUGCACACCAGAGGGUUAGCACAGAAAAGACUGAUGGGUAGUAGAGCCACUUGUACAAAGUAUAGAGCAAAUGAAGAAUUACAGCUUUUGCAGAGUUUAAGAAAUUUCUAUCAGUGCAGUAUGAAAAAAAAUCUUAUUUUUGCUCAGUUUCCAAUAGCAUAAUAGAAAUCAUGAUGUGCUCAAAA